UCCCCACCCCCACCCCGACGGUUAUCCUUCGACAAUCGGUCUGUCCGCGCGUGCUUGCGUCCGUGCACUCCUGCGUGAUCCGUGCGACAGAGAUCAGCUCGUGCACCUCCCUUCCCUUCAUCCGUCCUCCUCCUCCUCCUCCGCCGGUAAACGGAGCGGAGCUGCACCGAGUGAUGCUGCGCUCCUAAAGCACCACAGCCCCAUGAACAUGUCCAACGCAGUCAUGGGUCUAAACCCCACCGACAGGGUCAUCAAAUCGGUCCCGUUCCCGCUGAGCCACAGAUUGAGUAUGCGGGAGGUGUUUGACUGCGAGGGAAAGCCGCGAGUGGACCUGCUGAAAGCUCACCUCACCAAAGAGGGCCGUGUCGAGGAACCUGUCGCCCUGCGCAUUAUCAACGAGGGCGCAUCCAUCCUGCGACAGGAGAAAACAAUGCUGGACAUCGAGGCUCCCGUUACAGUGUGUGGAGAUAUUCACGGACAGUUCUUUGACCUGAUGAAGCUAUUCGAGGUCGGAGGGUCUCCUGCUACAACGCGGUACCUCUUUCUAGGGGACUAUGUGGACCGAGGUUACUUCAGCAUCGAGUGUGUUUUGUAUCUCUGGUCACUGAAAAUCCUCUACCCAAAGACGUUAUUUCUGCUACGGGGAAACCAUGAAUGUAGACAUUUGACUGAAUAUUUCACAUUCAAACAGGAAUGUAAAAUUAAGUACUCCGAGCAGGUGUACGAUGCGUGUAUGGAUGCGUUCGACUGUCUGCCGUUGGCCGCUCUGAUGAAUCAGCAGUUUCUGUGCGUGCACGGUGGCCUCUCGCCUGAGAUCCACACGUUAGAUGAUAUCAAGAAGCUGGACCGGUUUAAGGAGCCUCCAGCAUUUGGGCCCAUGUGUGAUCUUCUGUGGUCAGAUCCACUAGAGGACUUUGGCAAUGAGAAGUCGCAGGAGUAUUUCAGCCACAACACGGUCCGUGGCUGCUCCUACUUCUACAGUUAUCCUGCAGUGUGUGAGUUUCUACAGACUAAUAACCUGCUCUCUGUGAUCAGAGCCCAUGAGGCGCAGGACGCAGGUUAUCGGAUGUACAGAAAAAGCCAGACGACGGGUUUCCCCUCUCUCAUCACCAUCUUCUCCGCUCCCAAUUACCUGGACGUGUAUAAUAAUAAAGCUGCUGUGCUAAAAUACGAGAACAAUGUGAUGAACAUUCGUCAGUUCAACUGCUCUCCACACCCUUACUGGCUGCCUAACUUCAUGGACGUGUUCACCUGGUCCCUGCCUUUCGUAGGAGAGAAAGUGACUGAGAUGUUGGUAAAUGUCCUCAGCAUCUGUUCGGAUGAUGAACUCGUGAACGACGGUGAUGAGAUAUAUGAUGCGAACGCUGCAGCCGCACGUAAGGAGGUCAUCAGGAACAAAAUCCGUGCCAUUGGCAAAAUGGCCAAAAUGUUCUCAGUUUUACGUGAGGAGAGUGAAAACGUGUUGACUCUAAAGGGUCUAACUCCGACCGGCAUGCUACCCAGCGGAGUUCUUUCAGGAGGAAAACAGACUUUACAGAGCGCUACCAUCGAGGCCAUUGAAGCCAUUGAGGCGGUUGAGGACAGUGAAGCUAUCCGUGGUUUCUCCCCACAGCAUAAGAUCAACAGUUUUGAGGAAGCGAAGGGUCUGGACCGGAUAAACGAGCGCAUGCCUCCACGCCGCGACGUGCUCAACAGCGUGGGUCUGUCUAUGGGCCGCAUGAACAUGGUUGAGUCCAACGGCACCGACGACAACAGCAACCUUCAGUGACUCCUCAUCUUCAUCCUCCUCCUCUUCUUGUUCUUCUUUAUCCCUGUCUGUGCUCUCGCUCUCUGUCUUUCUUUACCCUCUUUCCUUCCAUCUGCAUUGCUGCUCUUUUUCUCUCCCUCUUUACAGUGGACGAUUGGUUGCAAUUUGAGACGCAGCCUGAGAUGAAAGAGGGAUUUUUUUGCCUUUGAAAGCGGACGGUGUAAAGAGCAUGCGAUGCUGGGAGGAAGUCAUGGGGGGAAUUUCUGGAAGAUGUCCAGGAGGAAGUCCAGGAGGAUGUCCAGGAGGAAGUGCAGGAGGAUGUCCUGCUUUAAAGCUCUGUCUGGUCAUGUUGUAGUGAAGUGGAAGACAAACAAGUGUGUGUGGGUUGGAUAAUGACAUUAACUACAAACUGAUAAUAGGAUGUUGGAGCACUGUUCUCUUGGAUAAGUUUGUGUCCGCUUUACGUGUGUGUGUGUGUGUGUGUGUGUGUGUGUUGGUUAACUGACGUGUGUAAUUACUUUGUAAGGAAGUAAGCUUUAUCACAGAAGACUGUGGAAACUGAAUAUUACAGUGUUAGUUCUUCAUUUACUGUCAAAGUCUGAGUGUGUGAGUGGGUUAGGGCUGCCAAUUUCAUUAAACACACACACACACACACACACACACACACACACACACACACACACACACACACACUUGAAUAUCAAUUAUAAUUGAAGAAAUCGUAAUAAUAAUGCUCAUUUUUUUGUAAAAAGAAAAUCUAAGCCUUGCAUUGGAGCAUCUGAGUUUUCUCAGUGCAAAUUCUGAUACCAAUUACAACAUACACAGCAUUUAGGCUAAUUCACGUAUUUACACUCAUCACCGUACGGGAUUCACCGUGAUUACCAUUUCACUUCAGGGGGAGGACAAUAUUCAUGUGGGACUUCCCAAAGUUGAAAGCAAUGUGUGUGCUGUUUGUUACAGCUGUGAAUGUGUGUUUAAGAUAUUAAAUAACAUUAAGUGUGAUAUAUAUAUAUAUAUAUAUAUAUAUAUAUAUAUAUAUAUAUAUAUAUAUAUAUAUAUAUAUAUAUAUAUAUAUAUAUAUAUAUAUAUAAAAACACAAAGACAUUAUAGACCCAACAUAGUACACAGCAUGACCUAUGAGUAGCAGUUAGAUGCUGUAUUCCAAACAGAUACAAAAGAAAUCUUGUAGAAAGACUAACAGGAAUUCGAGUUCAGACUGGAUCCCACUUGCAGAUCCCUGCAGGUAUUGAUCUGCUGGCUACAUUUGUCAGAACGUGUGUAUAAAAAUAUAUUAAAAAACACAAUCCUAUACACAUUUUUAUAUUCAAUGUGUAAUUAUUAUUUUUUUUUUUUAAGUUUAACCAUGCCCACUUUACAUCUAACAUUAUUUAGUUCAAUAAAAAAACAGGGGAAAGGAUUAUGUUUAGCCACACCCACUGAUUUUAAGAUCUUUGAUUUAAAGUAAAAAUGGUAUUUACAAAAUAUAUGGUUUAGGCAUGUAUACCUCACAUUUAAAAUCGUUGCUUUGAAAAUUGUUUUUGCUUUAGCCACACCCACUUCAUAUGAUUCAAUCUUGAGUUAUAUAAAAACAAAGGGGGGAAAAAAAGGGCUGAUUUAGCCACGCCCACUUCUCAUUUAAAGAUUUUCCAAAGAAAUUUCAAAAGAAAGGUCACAUUACUUUUUAAAUAAUUGAGUUACAUUAGAAAUCAAGGGUAAAAUGGCUGGUUCAGCCAGGCCCACUUCAAAUUUUAAAUAAAAAUGUAAUAUAAGGUUGGGGGGGAUUAGCCACGCCCCCUUUACAUUUAAAAUAAUUGUGGCGUAAAAACAAACAAAAAAUUCGGGUUUAGCUACGGUCAAUUUACAUGAAAUUUUUUUUUAUUAAAACUAGAAAUAAUGGGAAAAAUUGAGUACGCACAAUCUACUAUAAUCGUUUUAGUAAAUUUAAAAUCAUUUUCACAAAUCAGGUUUAGCCACGCCCACUUCACAUUUAAAAUUGUUGAAUUAAAAUAAAAAUAAAGGGGAAAAAAUGAAUUUAGCCACGCCCACUUCACAAUUAUAUUCUGGAUGCAGGCACAGAUAGUGGCAUUGUGUUAUAUCUAGGAUAAAAAAAUUUGAAUAGUACAAUGUACAUCCUACUGUAUGUGUGUGUGUGUGUGUGUGAAAUGUACAACUAAGCAUUUAUUUUCACAGUCUCUGGCUCUUCUCUACCAUGUUUUGCUACUAGUAUUUAACUAAUGAGCCUUCACUGAAGCCCGGGACUUGACAAGAUGCUCACGGUGCAGUUCUGGGAGUUUAUUUCCGUGCGUUUACUCGUCCGCUCUGUGCAAUGUUAUGCUGCUGUCACUGCAUUGUACUUGAACCGCUGUAAACAGCUGCAAUCAGGCAGCCGCAGGACCCGAGCCCCUGCUGGAUGCAUUCACACCACACAGUCAAGGAAAGAAGGACCGGUGGGAUAAAAAGAUUGUGGUAUUUGUGGACAUUCACACUUGGACAUUCUUUGUGCAAAUUACACCUACUGUAUGGUCUCAAUCAGGUCCUGGCCUGUCCAGCUGCAAAAGACUGAUCUGUUAACACGCCUCGGGAUCUGGCUUUGUACAUAAACUGUAAAAGGUGGCUGUUUUUCACAUUAAAUUUUUAUUUUUUUUUUGUUUAUUUCUAUUUAAGUGCACACAAUUGAAUUAUGUUUCUUUUUUUAGUUUGAACCUUUCUGUUUAUUUUGCUGUACAUUUCAGUGAUGUAAGACACGUGAUUUAAUUAUUUAUGAUUUUAUUUCACUCUCUCAUUCUCCUCUGUUCAUGUACAGAAGUCUUUCGGUUGAGUGAAUAAUCCUAUAACUAUUUGAAAAGCCAUCCGGGCUGCAUGACUGCAUGGGAAAAA